CUCAAAGGAAAACUUAAUUCUCAUUUGUAGGAAAAAAAAUGCCAAUUUCUCGAAUUGCAGUAGGAUCUCCAGCCGAGGCUGGCCAAGCUGAUGCCCUCAAGGCAGCUCUAGCUGAGUUUAUUUCCAUGCUCAUUUUUGUUUUUGCCGGUGAAGGCUCGGGCAUGGCUUUCAACAAGCUCACUGACAAUGGCUCAUCAACACCGGCAGGCCUGGUAGCUGCAUCAUUGGCUCAUGCCUUCGCGCUGUUUGUGGCAGUUUCAGUCGGUGCUAACAUCUCUGGUGGGCACGUAAACCCUGCGGUCACAUUUGGUGCCUUUGUUGGAGGGCACAUUACCUUGGUCAGGAGUAUUUUGUACUGGAUUGCUCAGUUGCUCGGAUCCGUUGUUGCUUGCUUGCUUCUUAAGUUUUCAACUGGUGGAUUGACAACGUCUGCAUUUUCCUUGUCAUCUGGGGUUGGAGAAUGGAACGCAGUAGUUUUUGAGAUCGUGAUGACCUUUGGUUUGGUUUACACUGUUUAUGCCACAGCAGUUGACCCAAAGAAAGGUAACAUUGGGAUCAUUGCACCCAUUGCAAUUGGUUUCAUUGUGGGCGCCAACAUCUUGGCUGGUGGUGCCUUUGAUGGUGCAUCCAUGAACCCUGCAGUCUCCUUCGGGCCAGCUGUGGUCAGCUGGACAUGGGACAGCCACUGGGUCUACUGGCUCGGUCCAUUCAUUGGGUCUGCCAUUGCAGCCAUUGUCUAUGAGGUCUUCUUCAUCGCUCCAGCCACAUAUGAGCAGCUUCCCGCUACAGAUUAUUAAGAUUUAUUGUCUUUUGAGUUCCAUGUGAACAAGGGUUGAAAGUUGGGUGGGUCAUUUUGGUUUCAUUGUUGUGGGUGCUUCUUCCGUGUUGUUUGUAUCUCUCUUUGUUAAUUGUUGAUUCCUGUGAACUUUUUUUUUUUUCCAAUCAUUUGAUAUUGUUCACUUCCUCUCAAUCGACAAAA